UAUUUAGUAAACACAAAGCAUUGACAUUCAGUUUGCAAGAAGGUUCGGUCCAGAGUAGUCAUUGUUAAUCACGGACGGGAGUCACAACUGGACAGACUUAGAUACACGAUGUCGACUGCCAAGACCAAACCAGCCCGGGUCAUGCUAUGGACUUGCCCUCGUAGCCUCUCCACGGCUUUCACUAGGUCCGUGCUGGAGCUCGGUAACGUGGAAGUCUUCAAUGAGGAAUACACCACGGCUUUCUUCUUCGGUCCGGAGCGAAGCCGUUUGGCAGGAUUCAGCAUGGCCCCGAGUCACUCCUACAAGUGGGUGAAGGAUCGAUUAGAGGCGGACUACCCGGGCAAGGCGGCCGUCUUCGGUAAAGACUUCACCUAUCCCCUAGUCGGCCGCUACCACAUGCUCCCCGAGGGAUUCUGUCAUACAUUCCUGGUGCGCAGCCCAACUAAGGUGUUUUCCUCGCUGAAACCUCGACUAGAAGCAUCCAAGCUCAGCGUCUGGGUAUCUGGCACUGAAAUUAGAUCAUGCAUCCCGUGUGAGGGCUACACCUACAAGGAGCUACGGGAUCUCUACGAUCACGUCAAGGGCCAGGGAUUGCCCACAUUUGUGAUGGAUGCCGAUGAUUUACUGGAGGACCCUGUGGAGAUGAUGAGGCAAUACUGCCAGUUUACCGGAAUGCCCUUCAAGGAGUCCAUGGUGAGCUGGAAACCGGCUAAAUGCGGCGAUCUGCAGUGGCACUGCUCCAAAGCGCUCAGAGCAAUGAACUGGUUCAUGCAGUGGUACGAGGGAGCCCUCAAGAGCUCUGGAUUCAAAAAGCCUGCCCCUCGCCAUAUUGAUGUCGAGUCACUCUCGGCGGAUGUGCGAUUAGCCAUUGAAGUCAGCCAGCCGCAUUACGACUACAUGUUCGCCCAACGGUUUAUUAUGAACUCUAAUAAAGCUAGUUAAGAGAUUUAAUGUGCAGGGCGAGUCCAAAACCAAAAAAACCCGAAAACAAUUCACAUGAGAACUGUUUUCGUUGUGCUGAAAGAACACUUACUUUUUUGUGAUCCGUGGAUAAAACUUUAAAACGGUGUUUGUGUUUAAAAUUCGGUAACUUGAAAAGUACGUUAGCUUCAAGGGUUUUCAAGAACGCUGUAGGCUACUUUUUUCAACAGAAGUUGAUCAUCGUACAUGCCAUCAGUUUUCAAUCUAAUGGUUCUAUGUUUUUACUUCCUUUCAAUACAAAAUAAUUUCCCGGAUCCGUAAAUCUACUCCUGACCAAUAAAAAGUAGGAUGUGAUUUAUCAGAACGAAAGAAAGACAUUUUUUGGGGAAUCUUGAAGCAAUCUUAACGAGCGCCUAUCUAUAUUUAUAAAUACCGCAAAAUAAAAAAAAAAUCCACAAUCAUUGGAGGGAUCAUAAAUAAUUUGGAAUCUGAUCGUCUUAUGAUAAUGUCAUUUAUAUAGACCGUUGGGGAAUGUUGUUAGCUACAUUUUGAUACCCCAUUUGCUACCAAAGACUGUUAAUCGUCCACUUGAAACUAUAUACCCAAGUACUCAUUGAAAUGCGCAAAUUGGAGCUCAACCGUUCAUUUUAAAAUAGUAUAACAAGCGGUUUUGUUUACAUUUUGUUUUUGUUUUCUCUUCUAUUAUUUAGCCUUUAGAGAUCGUAGUGAUUAAACAUAAUUAGGGCAUAUGAGUAAAUUGAACAAAGAUAUAAAAUGAGUUUGUGAUAUCA